AUAAUCGAAUCCUCCCAUUCCCAUAGGACCCGGCUCGUGCACAGGACGUUCCGCCAGCUGUGAGGCACGCGCCACACGGUUCGGAUUAUGUCAUUCACUUUCUUUUGAGCAGUUUUAACGAGACCGGAGGACAUCAUCGUUUUUUUUUUUUUGCGGUGAGAGAUCCUCCCCACCCAAUCGUAUAUCUCAUCGAACGGACAGAGACCGAGGACGGUAGCUAGCUAGCUACGGCAAAACGACUCGACUCUCUCUCGAUCUUGUCUGUGUGAUGUGGGCCACUUCAUGCACCACUGAUACCGUCUAUACCUGCGCUGUUGCUAGUUUUCACCACACAGCUGACAAGCCAAAAGUGAACGGUAAAACAAUACGGAAAGCUAUAGCCAGCUAGCUUUUAUAUACUAGCUAUUUUUGCCUUGCCGUCUUCAGUGGCCGCGUUUGAGAGAAAAGUGAUAUUCGGCGGCUCUCGGCCCGGGGUGACAUUUCCGGAUUCGAACACUCGCAUAUUCAUCCUCCCAGCCGUGCUGUUUUAGCAUCUCAAUAUACAGGCAGUUGAUCACCGUUUAUGCGACAACGGAGUCUAGCAAAGUGAAACUAACGGUAACCAUAAUUUGGUUUCCGGAGCACCUAUUUUUCUUGCUUUUGGAAUGGAAAUGGGCCGUGUUCAACAGUUCUGCAACUGUCUAGCUCGAGCUAGCUACUGAAGCGAGCUAACUCGGGUCUGGAUCUAGUAACGUAAUGUGCGUGCCUGUGGUCUUUACAGCCAAAAAGCGAAACAUUAGUCGUUGACGUUUCGCUGCCUUGAUAUUUGAUACUUUUUUUUUCAACUUCUACAAUCGAGAUACGCUUGAACGGGUAGAAUUAUUGGACCGAAUUCUUUGUUUUGGCUGAGGCUGGAGCAUGACAGACAUUCGAUCCAUCCUUCCAUCGCGGUGCUCCAUCCAAUACGGCGCAGUGUGAGUAGCCCCAUCCGGGAAGCGCACAUCAAGCAGAAUCGUAUCCUAUGCACCUCUUGGGUGUCAGGGGCUAAAGGUGCUACUAUUCCCAGAGCAAUAACGUCGGAGGGGGAGGACGUUGCCUUCCCAUCUCAGGAUUAAAUCAUGGCCAAUGAACCUGUCAUCCUUAAUGUGUAUGAUAUGUACUGGAUUAACGAGUACACCUCUACUCUUGGUGUUGGAGUCUACCACUCAGGCAUUGAGAUCUAUGGCCGAGAGUUUGCAUAUGGGGGUCACCCGUAUCCCUUCAGUGGCAUAUUUGAAAUCAAUCCUGGAAACGCCACGGAAUUAGGAGAAACCUUCAAGUUUAAGGAGGCUAUCGCUUUGGGCACGACAGAUUUUGCAGUGGAGGAUAUGGAUAAAAUCAUGGAGGAGCUGGGGAGGGAUUUCAAAGGCGACGCCUACCAUCUAAUGCACAAGAACUGCAACCACUUCUCUUCCUCGCUGUCUGAGCUGUUGUGUGGGCGUGAGAUCCCUCGGUGGGUAAACCGCCUGGCCUACUUCAGCUCUUGCGUGCCCUUCCUCCAGACCUGCCUCCCUAAGGAGUGGCUGACCCCCGCAGCCCUCCAGAGCCACAUCAGUAUGGGCCUUCACAAGGAGGAGCGAGAGGCCGGGGAGUCCAGCGACGAGGACCCCAACUCGGCCUCCGGGGCGGGCACCGGAUCCUCACACAGCUGUCGCCAUACACGGGUCUGAGCCAAUGACUGUAGGUCUGAAGAGAACAGCCAAUAGGACUCUCUCAAUUACCUUUGACCUCUGAACCCUGGACCAGAAGGUCACCAGGUCACCUCUGCUGGGGAUGUAGUGAUGUAAUAUCUGUGGGCCUAACUGAAUAACCAACUGACCUCAUAGUACCACCUCUGAGAACAGAGACAGGGAUGGAUGAUUAGUUAACCUGGUAGUGGUGACUCAUGGUGCCGCUGGGGACGAGGGGACCUGCAAAACCCACAGAUCCUUGGAUCCUUUCCCUGAUUUUCUCCCUUUAGAUAUAUGGUAGAUAUAUUCUGAAGGAUUUGUUGACCAACUAACUCAGAGCAUGGCAUGGCUCUUUUUUAGAUUGACCACAGCUACGUGAUGUACUGUAGGUCUGGGGUACUUUCUAGUAUUUAUCUUUUUCCAUGAACUUUUAAACCUUUGUCAGCCUUCAUCCCCUGAUUCCCUUCUUACAGAGCUGCUUCUUCUGUAGAGUAGAUGGAUAUCAGACACCACAAAGAUAAAGCUAAGGUCACGUCCCAAAUGGCACCCUAUUCCCUAUAUAGUGCACUAUUUUUUUUUUUUGACAACGGCCCAUAGGGCUCUGGUCAAAAAGUAGUGCACUAUCUAGGGAAUAGGGUGCCAUUUGGGACGUAGGCCAAAGUAUCUCUCUGCCUGAGACUACUCGCUGCUCAUUUCAAGAGGUACUUGUUCAAUAACCUCCUUGCUUGGCCUUCAGUUGUAACUUCAUAAGAGGUUUGUUUUGUUUAUGUGUGAGGUGAGUUAAUAUUGGGGCCAUUUUAGAUGAUGUAGUAACAGAACCAUGUAUAGUGAUGGAUGCUCUGGUUAGGAGUGACUACACGUGGGAUUUAAACCAGCACAUUUCUGUUAAACGUCGUUCUUAACUGAAAACGAUGUGCCAAGAGAAAAGGAUUGGACAAAAGUGAAGACAUCUAAAUUAGUGUUUGGACCAUAUUCAUUUCAAUUAUCUAAUUUUAUCAUAUUAGUAUUACAUAUUUGGGUGUUAUUUGUCCAUUUCAUGGUCUCAUGCAUUGUUUAACAAGACAUUGUCUG